AGCCUCUUCCGGGUCAGGUGACCGCGCGCAGUCACGUGACCCGGCCCGAGUGAGGGCGGUGGAAGGCGGAAGUGGGAGCGGAGUUGGGCGCCGCUUCUGGGGCCGCGGCAGUUUUCUGGUGAUGACAUGGCAUCUGCCAGCUCCAGCCGGGCAGGAGUGGCCCUGCCUUUUGAGAAGUCUCAGCUUACUUUGAAAGUGGUGUCAGCAAAGCCCAAGGUGCAUAAUCGUCAACCUCGAAUUAACUCAUUUGUGGAGGUGGCAGUGGAUGGACUCCCCAGUGAGACUAAGAAGACGGGGAAGCGAAUUGGGAGCUCCGAGCUUCUCUGGAAUGAGAUCAUCAUUUUGAAUGUCACGGCCCAGAGUCAUUUAGAUUUGAAGGUCUGGAGCUGCCAUACUUUGAGAAAUGAACUGCUAGGCACCGCCUCUGUCAACCUCUCCAAUGUCCUGAAGAACAAUGGGGGCAAAAUGGAGAACACGCAGCUGACCCUGAACCUGCAGACGGAGAACAAAGGCGGCGUUGUGUCGGGCGGUGAGCUGACAAUUUUCCUGGACGGGCCAACUGUUGAUCUGGGAAGCGUGCCUAAUGGCAGCGCAGUGACAGACGGAUCUCAGCCACCUUCAAGAGAAUCCAGCGGGACAGCUGUUGCUCCAGAGAACCGACACCAGCCCCCCAGCACAAACUGCUUUGGUGGGAGAUCUCGGACGCACAGACAUUCAGGUGGCUCAGCCAGAGCAACCACAGCAGCCGGUGAGCAAAGCCCCGGUACCAGCAACCGGCACCGCCAGCCCAUCAAGAACCCAACCCACAGUGGCUUGGCCAAUGGCACAGUGAAUGACGAGCCCACCGCAGCCACUGAUCCUGAAGAGCCCUCUGUUGUUGGGGUGACAUCGUCGCCUGCUGCGGUGUCGAGUGUGACCUCAAAUCCCACUGCAGUGUCUCUCCCCGCUCCGGCCACACCGGCAGAAGGAGAGGAGCCCAGCACUUCAGGCACCCAGCAGCUCCCGGCGGCUGCCCAGGCCCUCGAUGCUCUGCCUGCCGGAUGGGAACAGCGAGAGCUGCCUAAUGGGCGUGUCUAUUAUGUUGAUCAUAAUACCAAGACCACCACCUGGGAGCGGCCUCUUCCUCCAGGCUGGGAAAAGCGCACAGACCCCCGAGGCAGGUUUUACUAUGUGGAUCACAACACUCGGACCACCACCUGGCAGCGCCCCACAGCCGAGUACGUGCGGAACUACGAGCAGUGGCAGUCCCAGCGCAAUCAGCUCCAGGGCGCCAUGCAGCACUUCAGCCAAAGAUUCCUCUACCAGUCUUCAAGUACUUCGACUGACCAUGACCCACUGGGCCCCCUCCCUCCUGGCUGGGAGAAGAGACAGGACAAUGGACGGGUGUAUUACGUGAACCAUAACACACGCACUACCCAGUGGGAGGACCCUCGGACCCAGGGGAUGAUCCAGGAACCAGCUUUGCCCCCGGGGUGGGAGAUGAAGUACACCAGUGAAGGGGUACGCUAUUUUGUGGACCACAAUACACGCACCACCACCUUUAAGGAUCCUCGCCCAGGGUUUGAGUCUGGGACGAAGCAAGGUUCCCCUGGUGCCUACGACCGAAGUUUUCGGUGGAAGUAUCACCAGUUCCGUUUCCUCUGCCACUCAAAUGCCCUCCCCAGCCAUGUGAAGAUCAGUGUUUCCAGGCAGACGCUUUUCGAGGAUUCUUUCCAACAGAUCAUGAACAUGAAGCCCUAUGACCUGCGCCGCCGACUCUACAUCAUCAUGCGGGGUGAGGAGGGCCUGGACUACGGGGGCAUCGCCAGGGAGUGGUUUUUCCUCCUGUCCCAUGAGGUGCUCAACCCCAUGUAUUGUUUAUUUGAAUAUGCCGGGAAGAACAAUUACUGCCUGCAGAUCAACCCUGCCUCCUCCAUCAACCCUGACCACCUCACCUACUUCCGCUUUAUUGGCCGAUUCAUCGCUAUGGCUCUGUACCAUGGAAAGUUCAUUGACACAGGCUUCACCCUCCCUUUCUAUAAGCGGAUGCUCAACAAGAGACCAACCCUGAAGGACCUGGAAUCUAUCGACCCCGAAUUCUACAACUCUAUUGUCUGGAUCAAAGAGAACAACCUGGAAGAGUGUGGUCUAGAGCUGUACUUCAUCCAGGACAUGGAGAUCCUGGGCAAGGUGACAACCCACGAGCUCAAGGAAGGUGGUGAGAGCAUCCGAGUGACAGAGGAGAACAAGGACGAGUACAUCAUGCUGCUGACCGACUGGCGUUUCACCCGGGGCGUGGAAGAGCAGACCAGAGCCUUCCUGGAUGGCUUCAACGAGGUGGCCCCCCUGGAGUGGUUGCGCUACUUUGAUGAGAAAGAGCUGGAGCUAAUGCUUUGCGGCAUGCAAGAGAUAGACAUGAGCGACUGGCAGAAGAACACUAUUUACCGACACUACACCAAGAACAGCAAGCAGAUCCAGUGGUUCUGGCAGGUGGUGAAGGAGAUGGACAACGAGAAGAGGAUCCGACUGCUGCAGUUCGUCACUGGGACUUGCCGCCUGCCUGUUGGCGGAUUUGCGGAACUCAUCGGUAGCAAUGGACCACAGAAGUUUUGCAUCGACAAGGUUGGCAAGGAAACCUGGCUGCCCAGAAGUCACACGUGUUUCAACCGCCUGGAUCUCCCACCGUACAAGAGCUAUGAACAGCUGAAAGAGAAGCUGCUGUACGCCAUUGAGGAGACUGAAGGCUUCGGACAGGAGUAACUGAGGCUGCCCCCCACCCCCCACCCCCCAGCGCACAUGUAGUCAUGAGUUCUUCCUGCCCGAGAGGCCAGUGGCCACAGAGCUCCUGGGAACCACCCCCCGCUCCGCCCUCCAGGUGGUGGCCGUGUGUGGGACCACACUGUCAUCAGACUGGUAGCAGAGCCUGACCUCAAGAGGUCCUGCCUGUCCCUUCCUUUAUCCUACCCACUGGUGGCAGUCUGGAAUAAAGCCCCCAUGUCACCUUUGGCCCCGUCACCCAUUGCAAAGUCUGGAGGCCUGACCCUCUCUGUAAGCUCUUCCUCCUUUUCCCUUAAGACCAGCGCUAGGCGUGCAUGAGCGUGCAGGGAAGGGGGCCUUGUGCCGAAGAGCUGCAGCAGAAGCCCUGGUUCUCACGGGCUAGUUAGGCAAGAAGGACACUGGCCGCUCACUCGGGGUAGCUCUUCUGGGCUGAGAAGGCCCAGGGUCUUUGUCAGUAAAAGAGGUUCUGUUUUAAAUAGAACUAUUCCAGUGAUCUGUAUAAAAUGGAGGUCUGAGGGAGAGGAACUCUUCCCGCGCCCGGAGAGAGCUCUGGGUCAAGGCCCGCCGCUGCCUUUCCCAGCAGGACCCAGCCACUGAGGGUGAGCAGCGAGGCCCAUCUCUGCACUCGGUGCGGGACAAUUUGUUCUUUCCUGCGAAUAAAGGGUUGUACCAGCUGCUUGGGUGUGAGUGGGUUGGAAACAACAAACUUCCUCAGACUUUCUUUUCCCUUUUGUAUCAACUUGAAGCAUUUUGUGUGUAGGGUUACUUUGUGUUUUGAUGUCGGUAUGCCGCUGUCACUUUCUGUCAAGGAGCUGGUACACCGGGAGUCCCUGGGACCUGGAGGGACCGGCACCGCUGGUCCAAGAAUUUCCCAAACAGCUGCUCCUUUUAGGAACCCCCUUGGCAGUUCUGUGAGCUCAGGCAGGCCUGACCCGGCGGCCCAGCUUCACAGCGGCCUAGUCCCCAAGCCUUGACAGGGAGGGGAGGGUGGUAUCCUGGGUGUCACCCAACCUUGCCACCUUUGGUAGAGAACUUCCUUUGCUAGAUGUAGUUAUUCAGGCUGCCCCAAGUGAUGGAGCAUGUGGGGGUGGAUGACCCUGUCAUUCCGUACCAGCCCCUGAGGCUACAGGCAGGUCCAUUAGUCUCCUGUUGAGAAUGCAGUGUGUCCCAGCCACCCUAGAGCAUGUUCAUCCUGCCUGGAAGUGAGGCUUUAUCUGCACAUGCCAAAUGAUGCACUUGGAGACCAGCAGAAGGGCCUCAAGCUGCCGCACAUGGUCUGACUCGGUUUCUGGAGCUCCCGCCAGCCUCCGACAUGUGUGGAGAUGUGCAAGGCGAACAUGCUCCUCUGGGAUGCUGGAGGGGUGGUGGUCGUGAGCUCCCUGGUCUAGGCCCCUGGGGCUCUCUCACUGAACACCAGCUGCAGACUAGCUUGAGCUUCCUAGGACCCCAGGCAGGCCCACUGACCAGUCACAGGGCCUUCUUAGGACUGGCUCACAUCCCCAGAUCCUUUCUUAUUCCCCACCACCUCCCCCCUCGCCGCCCAGGAGGGACAGCCGUGUCUGCUCUGUUGCGUGUGCUGAUUUGAGUGUCUCAGCUCACCGGAGCUCAGCCUUUUUUCUUUCCUUGAGUCAUUUGCUGUGCUUCCCUGCAGUGUCCCUCUCUCCUGGGGGGGUUGGGGUGCAAGCUGAUGUGUGGGGUUUGGAAGCCUGAGACUCUUAGGUAUUCAGAGUGUCUUCAUGUGUGUGCGUGUGUGUACAUACAUGUAUAUAACUGAGGUGUUGUGUAGAAUGCCCUUCGGUAGCUCUGGGUUGGUCAACAGAUGGUUUUGUAAUGCCUUCCCCCUUGCCUUGGUAUUGCCAGUUUCUCGUGCAAUAAACAAAUCAGCAGCUG